AGGAACAGGUUUCGCGUUUUUCCAUACCCGACGAAUUAAUUAGCAUCGAUUUCGUCUUUUCAGACUCGUUUCUUUUUCACCGAGAAUUUUUUACCGCGAUUCUUCGUAAGAUGGCCACGAAAAUGCAUCGAAAACAGUGACGAUGCUCGCGAGACAGUCGGAGAACAAAACCUUAACCCUGUUCGAUCAAGUGUAUCGGACGAUGGCGGUAUCGAGCAGGCCCUCGAUAAAAGCUCUGUAUCAGGCGAUGGUCGAUUACGUGUCACCGAGCAACACGCCGGACAGUUUGCAGCAACCGCUGACAAGGGACAUGCUUCAAGAAAGGUUCAUCGAGUUCUUCGCCAAAUUGUUCCCGAUCGCGUAUCACGGAGCCGUGAAUCCUCGCCAAUACGAGCAAGAUUUCACGGAGAAAUUUAAGACGUGCCUGUACGAGACGAUGGAACAGAUCCAACCGUUCGGCGACAUACCGAUCCAGGUCUCGAAAUCGGUGAGCAAAAGCCUGGAGGCGACCCGGGUCCUGGUCCAGGCGUUGACUCUCGGCAAAACGGUGCUGGACAGGACCGACAGCGUACUAUUUUCCGGCACAAGCCCCCAGCAGGAGGCCUGCUACGCCGCACUGCUCAGGAUGACCUAUUGUCCAAGGUGCAAGGGCAUCGGCCCCUCCGUCAGGCCCUGCAGUGGAUUCUGCACCAAUGUCAUGAGAGGUUGCCUGACGCAGCCGGCAUCCGAGCUGGACCUGGCUUGGUCCGGGUACGUGGAAACAGUGGAGAGGCUCGUAGUGGCGGUCGACGGUCGUAACGAUCCGUUGGGCCUGAAUGCCGAGAGGGCUGUCAGACAAUUGGACACCCGCAUUUCGGACGCCAUUAUGCACGCAAUGACAGACGGACCGGCGCUCGAGGAAAAGGUGAGGAAGGUAUGCGGCCGCUCGGAGCUGGAGCCGUCGUCUUCGUCGAGCGAGAGGAGCGUCGCGGAUGCAGCUGGAACGGGGAAAUCGUCGUCGAGCGGGAUCGAGACGCACGCAGCUGCCGCUGCGCCCAGCCGGACCUUGCCAUCCCAGUUGCACGUGCAGCUCGGCAAUUUCCUGGCCAGCGUGGUCAGGUCUCGCACCUUCUACGGCACCCUGGCCGACACGAUCUGCGAGGAGUAUCCGGACAAACGGUGCUGGAACGGCGAACGAGUCGGGGAAUACACGAAGACGGUGGCGGACUCGAGUUUGACGGCGCAGAGGUACAACCCGGAGUUCACCGUGACGACGAUGUCGCCGACGACGGCUUCCUACGGCAACGCGAAUACCAGCGUGCUCAUUGACCAAUUGAGGCACAUUAAUCAGAUAUUGCAGUCUCAGUUGGCGUCGGCGCCCGACAGCGGAACGUUGCUCGGUGACGAGGCUUUGGAUGGUUCCGGUAGCGGCGAUCGGCCUAUAUGGAAGAAGAAGAACAAAGAUGGGGACAUCGAUAACGACGACGAGGACGUGCACAGUUACGAUCACGAUGACGAGGAGGCGUCUGGAUCCGGAAUGGGACCCACUACACCUGAUCCUAUGCUGAAGACGAAUCACGAGAAUCCAGUGACGGCCGGCGCUGGAUCGAGCAUCAUCCUGCUUUCGUCCAUCGUUUCGAUGGCGAUUGGCUGUUGUGCACCGUUGUUGAUCGCUUAAGUUGCGGAGCGUGGACGUGGAAAGAAGGGAACGAUUCGUUUCUCGAUUCGUAGCCGCGACCUAGAAUAACACGUAGAGAAAGAGAGAGAGAGAGAGAGAGAGAGAGAGAGAGAGAGAGAGAGAGAGAGAGAGAGAGCGAGAGAGCGAUUUUUGGUGCCCGCGUCGGGGAAUAGGAUGAUCCUACUCGACACGAGGGAUGGAUCGAUCCGAAUCUUACGAAAUCUGCUUUAUAGUUUAUAUAUCGUGCCGCCUGACCGGGACAAAGCGAGCUGCAAGCAAAAUUGUCCGGGAAUUAAAUAUAACGGGGGAUUAAUCUGUUUCGUUGUUCGUGACUCGAAGAAUCGAAUGCAUGCCUAUCGAUCGAUCGAUCGACCUAUCUGUUCGAUCGAUCGAACGAACGAACGAACGAAUCAAGACUGUGUUUUUUUAUUCCAAGUUUGAGAGGGAGAGAGAGAAAGAGAGAGAAAGAGAGAGAGAGAGAGAGAGAGAGAGUGAACCAUUUUUGGACGAUCGAGCAUACGACGAAGAUAUUUUUUUCCCAGAGGAUCGUUCCACGCAUAGAGAAAAAGAAACCAUUGAGCUACUAAGUUCUUAGUAACUUAACGUGGUAUUGAAUAGACGGAAGCGAAAGUGAUCACGAUGGAUCGCGUCCAUGUGUUCGAACGAUCGAGAAUGAAAAAUUGGAGAGAAGAACUCGAAGGAACAAUGAGGACGUCGCGCGUCUUGUCACUUGGAAAGUGGAGGAUACGGAAGAGAAGAAUUGUAAUUUAGUUAGUGUAGAGCGAAAAAUUCUGUGUCCGGAGGGAAUUGAAAAAUAUUCGGGAAUGCCGAUGCGAAAAAUAUACGCGGAGAUUAUUAUAUCCAUAUUCCUGUUUUAUGAUGGCCGACGAGAAAUUAUUAUUAUUAUUAAUUAUUAUUAUUAUUAUUAUUAUUAAUUAUUAUUAUUAUUACUAUUAUUAUUAUUAUUACAAUUAUUAAUUAUUAUUAUUAUUAUUAUUACGCUGUGAAAAAGUCGAGCAGCGCUAUUUUGUUUUAUUUCUCGCGGCGAGAACGAAGUUGACCCGUUUUGUAUUAAAUUGGAGGGGAUAAUCCACGCACAAGGGACAGUACGGCCUGUGGAAAAAUCGAAUUGAACGAAGAGGAAGGAAAGACGGAAAAAGAAUAGUAAUUUUACGAUAGACAGAGAGAGAGAGAGAGAGAGAGAGAUUAAUUACCUUGUACUUUUUUAUUUAUGCGAUAUCAUAGUGAAAAUCAUGUUCAAAAAAAAAUAAAAAGCGAAUUGAGCGAAACACGAGGUAAAUAUAAACGUACGUUUAAUUCGCAUAAUUCUACGAGAAACAAUUAUACGAGAAAAUUAUGUUCAACGAAGAGAGAGAGAGAGAGAGAGAGAGAAAGAGAGCGAAAAAUACAGAGACGAGAAUCUGGAAGAAUGUUUCUUUCUCGCUAUAAUAUCGAAAACGAUGAAAUGAAAAGGACAAAAACGAUAUUAUUAACUAUACUAUACUACGAAACAGGAUCAAAGAUAUAUCCUUUCCUUUCUGAAAGUACGACGAUUCUAACAACAACAACAGCAGCAGCAGCAGCAGCAGCAGCAACGAACAGCAAUAAUAAGUAAACGCCGCGAAGAGAUUUCUCGCUUUUAGCGAUUCCAAGUGUAUGGUUUCGCGACGAGCGAAGCCUUAAAAAAAAAAGAAAA